GUUCUCCGAAGGUCAAGUUAGAAUUCGUCCCUUGAGUUAUUUUUUAAAGGCGUUAGAGAGGGUCAAUUAAUCUUACCUCGAUUUGCGUGAAAGUUACUCCUUUUAUAGCAGUGGAGAGGUGGCUUUUCUUCUUGACCUCCAGAUCUUUCCAAUGUGGGACUCUGAUACCAUUUCCCUUAUUGGAUCUUAAGGCUUUUCCAGGCAAUAGAGAUUUCGGGCUAUGGGCCCUUACUAUGUCUGUCCAUGAUGGGCCUUUAGGGAGCGUGGGUCCCGCUUUACACAGACCAAACAGUACCUAUCCGUCAGGCCCAUUAAGAUAGGCCCACCAGACUAAAUCUUACCAUCUUCAGUUGCCCCCUUCACCCCAAUGGUCCGUCUGUUCCAAGGAUCAAUGGGGUGACGAUCCUAAUGUAGGGGCAUGACGGGUACUUUAAUGACGGAAUGGAUCCGUGAAACAGAAGAUUUAAAGUAAUAGGCGGACACAACCGUCAGAAUGUAUGACGGUUUCAGAUCUUUAACCGUCAGAUAGGAUGACGGGUAUCUUGCAGUUUCAGACGGUUUCAUAUAGUCGACGGUUACCAUCUACUGAUGCGAGCAGACAGGUUAGCAUUUAUUAGCAUGCCACGUGUCAAUCUCUGACUGGCCGUUGUAUAGGAUCGAAGCGUCGCUUCGUCUUCCGUGUAUCUCCUAUAUAUAUGAGGCGUCUCAAUCUCUCAUUUUCGCAUUUCCAAACAGAAAACGUCUGUCAGAGAGAACCGUCAACCUUGCCAGAGAAGUCCGUCGAGCACUGGUAACCACCAAUUACCACAACCGUCAGCAUUACUCCGUCAGGUGUGGUAAGUAUUUACUUUAAUUUCAUAUUCAAGUUACAUUUUCGACCAAGCAAUAUUGUUAGGCUUAAUAUACCCGUCAAUGUUUUUAAACCCGUCAAGUCUUAGGUUUCAUCAUUAAUUGUAGGAAAUGUCUAGUGCGUCAAGUAACCAAUCGGUGGUUCGUGACGGGACGGAAUACGAGAAUGUAUACCCGUCCGGUCAUAAAGACCAAGAUAGUCCAGGCGAAGAUAGGAGUCCGUCUGCAUCCUCUUCGUCCUCAACAAGUGAGGAUGUGGAGAAAAUUGAGAUAGAGGGUCCUGACGGGAAUCAAGCACUGGAGUCCGUCGUAGGUGCUGAUGGACUAAGGCAGUUCAUCAUGUUACCAGAGUGGACAGUGCAUAGGUUCACAUCCGUCAUCCGGGAGAGACAUUUCAGUACCUUUAGAACAAAUUUUCAGAUACCAGACUACAUCCCGAUCCGUCUUCCCUACGUGUCGGAGAGAUGUUAUUAUGACGGAGUAGAAGGUGUUGGAGUGUACGAGCAGGUGUUGAAGGCUGGACUUCGGUUCCCGCUCUCUACACUCCAUAGGGAACUCUUGCAUUACCUGGGACUGUCCGUCACCCAGAUUUCUCCAAACGCCUGGAGGGUCUUCAUAGCAAUGGAGAUUCUUUAUGGCGCAAUGUCGAAUGGAGAAAGGAGACUGACGGUCCGUGAAUUUCUUCACUGUUACCGUCCAGAUGAGAUUGAUAGAUCAAGGGGGUUGUACCGUUUUGCUAGUCGAAGUCCCUUGUUGAAGGUCAUCUUUGAGACCCCAGACUCAAAUAGAGACUGGAAGAGUCGCUAUUUCUUCCUGGAGGGUGACAGGUGGAUGAACCGUCCAGGAGAGACGGAGUACAUGCCCGUCGAUACAACUUGGGGGAUAAUAAACCAAGCGCGUAGAGGGCGCCCGCAGGUUAGCCUCGAGGAAUUUAGUUUCCUUGAAAAGGUUUGUAGAAAAGCUAAGCCGGACGAAAGGACCUGGGCCAAGUUAGUGAAUCCAAAGACAAUACACUGGUAUUGUGACGGUCCAGAACCUACCCGUGAGGCCAUUGCUUACGACGAAAGAAUACACAAACAAAUGGACGACGCCAAGAGAAGAGCCAUGAUAAAAUCUCUAGCCGUCGAGCAAAAGAAGACGGGUGAGAUCGUUGUUCCCAGUGUGCCGGGGUCAUCGGGCAAGAGGAAGCAGCCACCAAAGUCCGACCGUCCACACAAGCAGCCAAAGGUGUCAAUGGAGCCCAUCGUGGGCUUGAUGGCUGAGGGCCCUAAGGCCGUCAACCAAGUUAAACAGGGGGCCGGUAAGGGCCUAAUGCAUGCUCCACCCGUCAGCGAGGAGAAGCCCCCUCCCCUUCUUCGUGAUGAUUCGAAGUUCGCUUUGGAAAAGCUUACGUCCAUACUUUCUGCAGAGGACUAUGAGGAUCUGGGGAAUCACUCGACGGAGGCGAUGGGAGAGACGGGGUUAUUUGCCGUCGGACAGUCCUUGGUUAUGAUGAAGGGCUUGAUGGACCGUUGCCUCAACCGUGAAGCGGCUCUGGAACGGGUACGGUCAAAACUUGGGAAGACGGAAGAAGAGCUUAGCCAGCUGCACAAGUGGAAGUUCACCAUGGAGCAGAAAUUUGAACUGUCUGAGAAUACAAGAAAGGAGCUCGAACAGAAGACGGAAGAAGCUGGGAAGGUCUUGAAGAGCAGAGCGGACGAGGUGAAAGAUCUGAAGAAAAAGCUCCGUCAUGCAAAGGACGACGCCGUCAGCGAAUAUCGCAACUCCGAGUCCUUGUUGAAGGAGCUUGGAGGAUCGUUCCUUCAAGGCUUUGACGAUGCGCUCCGUCAGAUAAAAAAGACCUACCCAGAUCUGGACGUGUCUAUGAUAACACUUACUGAUCAAGAUCAGACUUCUGCCCUGCCCGUCGCCUCCGAAAAUACGGAGGACCUCUUUGGGGAAGAAGCAGCUCAGGGUGACGGAGAGUCCGCUCCGCCGAAUGAGGUCGCUGUUGCCGACCCCAAGAAAGCAGAGUAACCCAUGUAAUCGUUUAGGAGGAUCCGUCUCCCUUUUAUAUACAGUUAAUUAUUUGUAGACGGUUUGUUUAAAGUUUGAUUUUGUAUUGAACAAUGUUUGAUUUUAAGUGUUGAUUUGCACAAGCUAAUCUGUUGAUCCGUCCAUUUUAAAAGCUGUUGCUGACUUAUAUAGUCAUGUCGUCCGUCCACCUCGUGGGCGUUCUGGAGCCGUCCGCUUUAUUUAUGUAUGUAAUUUUCCCACCGUUUUGGCUGAA